AUGCCUCAUCGUAGUUAUUAUAGUAGUCGUCGUGGUGGUCAAUACGGCAUGCAUUCCUCUUAUAAGCCGUACUAUGCUUCUAGUUGGCACUCGCAUAAGUGGCGACGGUCGAGGAGUCGAUCGCAUAGGGGUACAAUGUCCACGAGAUGGUCCUCAAGAGGUUACGAUGAUUACGGUAAGAAGAGUAAACAUUACUAUGACACACAGAGCUCAACAACAAGUUACUCUAGUGAGACUGCUGGUAGCAGUGUAUCGAGUGAUCAUCCUCCAGCUAAGGGCAAGGACGAUGAUAUUGUACACUUUGAGUGGAAGAAGGGUGACAGAUUGGGUGACUCUGGUCGCUACAUUUGCAUGAAACAUCUGGGCGAUGGCACUUUCGGACGGGUCAUUGGUUGUGCUGAUACUCUCUACGACAAUCAGAUGGUAGCCGUGAAGGUCAUCAGAGAUGUUCAACGUUACAAGGAGUCCGCUGAGAUAGAAGCUGAGAUACUUGAACGGUUGAAUCGUCGUAUGGACAAGCUCGGCUUGACGCACACUCAUACUCACAUAGUGCGGUUGUAUGAGACGUUCUAUCAUCAUCAAUACUACUGUCUGGCAUUUGAGGUCCUCGGUUGCAGUCUGUAUGAUCUCAUCAAAGCUAACAAUUAUCGAGGGCUGUUCAUCACGGACGUACAGGCUCUUGCUCGUGCUUUGUUCAAGUCUUUGCAAUUCUGCCACGAUGAACUGCAUUUGACUCACACUGAUUUGAAGCCCGAAAACGUUCUUUUCAUGCACGCUACGACUAAGCGCGAUGGUAGUUGCUACGAAUUGGAGUCGGCUGAUCUACCUAGACGUUUGAGGGGCUGUGAUGGUAGUUCGAGACGACGUACUAAGCCCUAUCUCCGGCCCAAAUGUGACAGGAUGAAGGUCAUCGAUUUCGGAAACGGUACUUUCCGUGAUGACCAUCAUAGCUCGGUCGUCAACACUCGACAAUACCGCAGUCCCGAAGUUAUCCUCGGACACGGUUGGAGUGAAGUUUCCGAUAUGUGGAGUGUCGGGUGUAUUCUGAUGGAGGCAUAUAGUGGCGAACUACUCUUCCCGACACAUGACAAUCUUGAGCAUCUUCACAUGAUGGAAAGAGUACUGGACCGGAGAUUCAGCUCGAGUUACCUCGGCCGUUCUAAUUCCGAGUCUAAGGCGAAGUUGUUAACGCUAGAUCGACAUUCUCAAUGGACUUUGCAUGGCAUCCACGACCACAAGCAUUUGCAGAAUAUCCAAGACUGUCGUCCUCUUCGACGUAUGGUAGCUCCUGGUCACGAGCUCCUGGCUGAUCUCGUGGAGUGGUGCCUUGAAGUAGACCCGUCACGAAGAAUCACGGCUAGUGAGGCACUCGACCAUGAAUUUAUGCGUAUCGACUUCACCCACAAUGAGUAG